AAUUAUGCGUUUGCAUGUUAGUCUGCAAAUUUAAUCUUUAAUAUAUUAAAAGAGAUUUUUAGGAAUCUUGUUUUAAUUAAUCGAAAUAAAUCUUACAUUUUUCCUCCUUUUUAUACAUCUCUUCCAUUUUUUCCUCACCUUCACAACUCUCUCUAAUCUCAUAAUCUCUCUCUCUCUCUCUCUCUCACUCUAACACCAAAAGAAGAAGAAGAAGAAGAAUUUCCAAGAGAAAGAGAGACAAAUGGGUUCCAAGAUUGUCCAAGUUUUCUUCAUCUUGGCUCUAUUCGCCACAUCAGCACUAGCUCAAGCCCCUGCUCCUACUCCCACCGCCACUCCUCCUCCGGUCGCAACUCCUCCUCCAGUGGCUACCCCACCACCAGCCGCAACCCCAGCCCCAGCCACGCCACCACCUGCCGCAACCCCAGCUCCUGCCACUACUCCACCAUCGGCUGCUCCUUCUCCGGCUGAUGUUCCCGCCGCCUCUCCACCAGCACCAGAAGGUCCCACCGCUAGCCCAAGCGGUGCUCCAGGACCUUCAGAUGCCGCCGCUGCCCCAAGCGCCGCUUUCUCCAACAAGGCUUUCUUCGCCGGAACCGCAUUCGCCGCUAUUAUGUACGCCGCCGUUUUGGCUUGAGAACUUUGUUAUAUAAUUUUUUUUAUUUCCCUCAAUUAUUUCAAAUCUUUGGUGUUAUGUGAGAAUUUGAUUUAUUUUCGUAUUUCGCUAUUUGAUCGUUAAUUUUAUUUUUAUUAUGCUUUCGUGUGUCGGAAUGGGGAAAGUAAUUAUUAUCUUGGUGGGAACUAAUGGAAUGUUGACACGUGUAAUUUACCAUUGGAAUGGCUUCAUAUGAGCUGUGUAGAGGUGGAAUCAAUCUGUUUAUGUAAAUCCAAUGCUAGAUUAAUAAACCAAUUUCAUUA